AUGCCUGUCCAACUCGAGUCUAUAGCCCCGCAUUCGUACAGCCCAACACGAGUGCAGACUGCAUCGGAUACUUCUUCUGAGGACUCACGAUCGCAGUCGUCGGCUGCCUCCGAUUCCUCUCGGACGCCGUUACAGUCUUCUUCCUCGGGGUUCACAUGUCCCGUUUUCACCCAAGAAGUCGACCCGAUCCUGCUGAAGAAUUCUCUCGAUGACCGCAUCGCAUACCUCACCGAUUUUCUGAACUUUACCUCCCACGACCAAGAUGUGAUCCUCAAGGUCGCGCCAUCGGUACAUGAUAUUAUUCCGAGCCUGGUAGACGACAUGUACGCGAAGCUAUUUGAAUUCGAUAUUACGAAGAAGGUUUUCAUGACUCGGAAUCAUGGGUUUGACGGGCCAUUACCAGAGAAGCUGGAAGAUUUGGCACUUGACAGCGCACAGAUUGUGUUCAUGAAGGCCUGGGCGCGGCGCGUUCUAACGGCGGAUUAUUCAAGUGGCAAGACAUGGGCAUACAUGGAUAAAGUAGGUAUCAUGCACACGGGGGUUUCCCCAUUCAAACACCAGCGGACGAUGGGCAUCGCUCCACUAAACGUGCCUUAUCGAGAUUGUGCCUUGACUCUUGGGUUUGUGCAAAACAUUCUUCAGACCGCUAUUUUACGACUACCGGAAGAGACAGCCAGCAUGCAGACGAAGGUGGACGCCGUGGCGGCUAUUAACAAGGUUAUCUGGAUUCAAAAUGAUCUAUUUUCCCGUCAUUACAUCGGCGAAUGA